CUUGGAGCUUGCUUAGCCACUCGCUUGCAGGCAGCAGGCCAGAGCACAUGGGCUAAACUCACCUGCUUCAGGGGAUAUCAGUGCUGAAAUGGAGCUAAUAUGCCUUUUCCUUUUUUUAAUACAUGGAAUGCCUUUGGCUUUUACUCAGUUUAAUGGCUACAACUGUGAUCCUGCCUUACACAGUAGAUUCCCAGCCGAGCGGGAUAUCACUGUGUACUGUGGUGUGCAGACCAUCACACUGAAGAUCAACUUCUGUCCAGUGCUCUACUCAGGCUACACUGAUACUGACCUGGCCCUGAAUGGGCAUCACGGCGAUGCUCAAUGCCGUGGCUUCAUCAACAACAACACGUUCCCCACUGCAGUGCUGUUCAGCAUCAGCCUCAGCACACUGGAGGCCUGUGGAAACAUGCUGGUGGUUUCUGCAGCUCAGGGCUACAACGCUUUUGGGAAUAUAUCCCUGGUACAGAUAGGGAAUGUAUCAGGCUACAUCGAUACUCCUGACCCUCCAACCAUCAUUAGCUACCUGCCUGGUUUGCUUUAUAAAUUCAGCUGCAGUUAUCCUCUGGAGUAUCUGGUUAACAACUCUCAGCUGGCAUCUUCAUCAGCAGCAAUAGCAGUAAAAGACAACAAUGGCACCUUUGUGAGCACCUUGAGCUUCAUUCUAUACAAUGAUUCAUCCUUCAGUCAGCAGUUGUCUGUUCCCAUGGCUGGUCUGGCUCUGAAGACUAGAGUGUUUGCUGGUGUCAAGGCCACUAAUCUAGAUAGGAGGUGGAAUAUACUGAUGGAUUACUGUUACACCACCCCCUCUGGGAAUCCUAAUGAUGAGAUACGCUACGAUCUUUUCUUCGGAUGUCACAAAGACCCACAGACCACAGUUUUUGAGAAUGGGAAAAGCCAAAUGGGCCGCUUUGCCUUUGAAGUUUUCCGGUUUGUGAAACACAAAAACCAGAAGAUGUCCACUGUCUUCUUGCACUGUGUCACAAAGUUGUGUCGGGUAGAUGACUGCGCAUUGCUGAUGCCGAUCUGUGGAAUAAGAAGAAAGAGGGAGGACACCACAGCUCCUCAUGCUUCCGCUGAAGAUGCUAUCAUAACUGCAGGCCCUAUAAUCACCAGAGGUGAUGAAACCUCAACCACCAACUCACAGCUUGCUCCAUCUAACGACCCCUCCUCACCACUGGACACAGUGACAAGUGCUCUUGUUGCCGGGGUGGCAGUGUUGGGCCUGAUGAGCCUGAGCUUCUUCAUCCUUUCCAUCAGGCUUCUGCGCAGGUCCAGUCCCACACCUCUGACUGGCAUAGGGAACCCCAGCUUCAAAUAAAACACACAACCCUAUUGCAACAUCACUGCUUUCUGAAUCUUUUUCCACCUGAGUCACUGCCAAUUACAGAAAUGAUGUAUUGGCAGGGCCAGAAUUCAGGCCAUUGUCCGCCAUCUAUUUUUUUCUUAUUAUUGUGCUAUGUUAUUCCUUUCAGCUUCUUUAUAUCUUCUUCUACUUCAUACAGUCUUUGGUUUUGAUUUACAAUUUACUCUUAUUGUACUUGUGUAAAAACGUAGACACAGACAGCCAAAGUUUUUGUUUAUUACCUCACCUAGUUGGAAUUAUACACCCUUCAUGAAAAUGAGGAGAAAGUAAUAUAGUAGAAAGAAUAACAUAUGCAAUACGUGAUUCUUUGAGCUCAAACUUACAGGGACUU